UAUCUGGUAUCCACAAUCAAUUUUUCUCUCAUUUCCUUCCUCCAUUUUCUUCUCCCAUGGCAUCCACUUCCGCUCUGCCUCAUCCUGAGAUCCAACUGCCAUGCAUUCAAGACACCAAAUCACCAAACUCCAUGGAGAGAGGAGACAAUCAAGAUACGGAAGUUAACGUCUUAGAUUACUCCAAGAGGGCACCGUGGCUCCGAGCUGCGGUUUUAGGAGCAAACGACGGUUUGCUUUCCACGGCCUCUCUAAUGAUGGGCAUUGGGGCCGUGCGCAAGGACAUCAAGUCCAUGAUACUCACAGGGAUCGCUGGUCUCGUAGCCGGCGCUUGCAGCAUGGCCAUUGGUGAGUUCGUUUCAGUUUACUCACAGCGUGACAUUGAAAAGGCUCAAAUCAAGAGAGAUAUCAACCUAAGAAAUUGUGAUGAUCAUGAUUUAGAGAUGAGGAAAAAGAAUCUGCCUUGUCCACUGCAAGCUGCUGGUGCGUCGGCCCUGUCUUUCGCCGUUGGGGCAGCAGUACCACUGCUUGGGGGGGCUGCUAUAAAGAAGUAUGAAGUGAGGUUGGGAGUGGUGGUUGCGGUGGUGAGCUUAGCCUUGUUAAUGUUCGGUGCGUUAGGUGCUGUGCUGGGCGGUGCACCGGUUUACAAGUCAUCUUUUAGGGUGGUGGUGGGAGGAUGGGUGGCGAUGGGAAUCACCUGUGGCCUUAUCAAGUUGAUUGGUGAUUAUUCCGGAUUUUAAUCCUAUGAUAACAUAACUAAUAAAAAUUUGACAACGUUUCAGUGGUUAAGUGGCUACCAUCCUCUUAUUAGGAACUUUUUAUGUAAGUUUGGAGGUAUGCUUUUUAUGUAAGUUUAGAGGUAUGAGGUUUCGAAUUCCACCUAAUAUUUUUUUAAAAAUAAACUUAUAAAGAUUCA